UCAGUGCUCCCAUUUCCUGCGCGACGAGCUGCACGGCUACAUUGAGGAGGCAGCGGCUGAGUUCGGCCUACAGAGUAGCUUGCGUAAAGAGAACCCUUGGGAAGCCCCCAGAAAUCCGGUGACGCUCAGGCAAGCUCUCGACAGCGUACAGAUGAAGAGCGCCGAAGAAGUGGAGGACGAUAUUGAACUACCGACCCGGGAUGACAAUGAAGGUGUCGUCAAUGCCCCGCGGCACGGAGACCCUCUUCCGAGUGUCAAGUCGGAGUCGGUAGAGGUAUCAGAUCGCUCCAAAGCCAUCAGGCUGAAGGAGAGCCUCAUCCAGGAGUAUAGAGUCUCCAUUGGGGGCUACUUCCGCCGCUUUCAGCCAGAGUACUUCAACCUCUCGGAGGACGGCGAAAACUACACAAUCUCGGUCGAAUCAGCCCUCGCCUACGCCUUCCUGCGCGCCGACUUGGACUUUGUCUCCGCCCAGGCCCGCAAGGUUGACCCGGACGACUCGACGGUCAGCGACAGCCCCCUGAACAACGACGAGAUACUCGGAAAACCUCAUGCCACCCCCUCGGGCCACGACAUUGGUGGCGCGACGCGCUUCAAGGGAGGCUCAACCGCCUCCAUCGUGCUCAUCUCGACACCCACCCCCGUCCCCUUCUGGCACCCAGGCGCGCACUCUUCGCUCAUCGUGGCGCACGUCGGCGACACCCGCGUGCUGCUAUGCGAUACCGCAACCGGGCUCGCGCAGCCCCUGACGUCCGAUCACCACCCCACCACGCCGGGCGAGAGCAGACGCCUGCGCAGGUACGCCCCGGCCGGCUCGAUGGUGUCCGGCGACAGCUUCGGCGAGGAGCGCAUCGCGGGGCUGGCCAACAGCCGCGCCUUCGGGGACAUCAAGAGCAAGCGCAUCGGCGUCUCGGCCGAGCCCGAGAUCACGCGCGUCGAGCUCAGCCCCGCCGAGUACUCCUUCCUGGUCCUCAUGAGCGACGGCGUCUCGGGCACCCUCAGCGACCAGGAGAUUGUGGACGUCAUCAAGGAGGCCAAGACGCCCGAGGAGGGCGCCCGCCGCAUCGUCGACUACGCGACCGAGGUCUCGGACGACGGCGACAACGCGACCUGCCAGGUCGUCCGGCUGGGGGGCUGGGAGCGGCGAUCGGAAGGCGGCCUGGGCAGUCUUGGGACCAAGGAGUUUCGGGAUGCCAGGCGUGCGGAGGCGCAAGAUCCGCGGCGACGACGCGGCAAGCGAUAGGAUUCUUUUCGAUCGGAGAUUCAGUUUCGAUACUCGAUGGAUAUAUUCUAAGUUCACAUCAG